UACCCUCCAUCUUCCAACAAACGCAUUAUAAAAACCCUAAUUUCAUGUGCCGUUUCCUCAUCAAAUUUCGAUCCAAAAUCUCAAGCAAUUCCUUCACGCAGUCUCUCUCUCUCUCUCUCUCUCUCUCUCUCUCUCUCUCUCAACCCACAGCCCCAAAUUGAAGGACGACGAAAUCAAAUCAUUAAUCUUUGUAAAUCCUCAUUUUCUUUGCGCGUCUCAUUUUUUGGAAUUUUCAGUUAUUUAAUUUAUGUUGAUCUGAUCAUUUUUUGGGUUUGAUCUAGUUGGAUCCUUGUUGAAUUGGGUGGUUGAUGGAUUUUUGUGUUUUUUCGGACCUGAAUUUGAUACCUUUUGUUUGGUUUAUUGAAUCCUUUGAUGAUUGGAAUCUCAAGUGUGCUAAAUUUAGGAUUAGGGUUUGGAUGCAAUUUUGGGUUUAUCUGUGGGGUUUAGGUUUAGAUGCUGAUUUUUAUCUGGUAAAGAUUGGAUUUUUGUAAUCUUUUAAUGACCAUUUUGAUCCCUACCCGUUGCAAUGCUCAAUUUCUGUUUAAAAAUGCUUAAUUUGCUCUGAUUUUUUUUUUAGUAAUUAUUGCUUGAUCUUUGAAUUUCACUAACUUUGUAUAAUAUUGUGCAUAUGAAAGGGGGCGGAUGGAUAUAAAAAACUUUUAGAAUCUCUAAACAGAAGGUGUGAGCAAUUUUAGAAUCUAUGAACAGCAAUAGAAUCGGUGCAAAAAUAUAUCUCCAAUCUCACCGAUUUUUUCAUGGUCUUUGAAAUUUCAGUUCAAAGGUCAUGUGGUCUGAUACAUGUAUACAUGAUGUUUCUACUAAUAUUGCUUCUAUCUGUUGCUGAAUAAUGCCAUGAUUGAACUAAGGUGUUAUGUACAUGACAUCGCUUCUGUCUUGUCGUAUAACUGCAGGUCUCAGCCUCAUUUGUGACCUUGUGGCCUGAGACGUACGUCGUUAUAAUAAAUCAAGAAUUCAAUUCCUUGAAGCUCUGUGCCGUUGUCCUGUCGCUGCAUUGUUUUUAUCACAUUUUGGAGCAUUUGUAAGAGUGGUUGCAUUCUGAUUUCUGUUAGAGACAAGUGCUUGCAUCUGAUUUCUGUUAGAGUCAAGUAAAGAUUCGGUAUUUUUCAGUUGGUAAAGCAGUAGAGAUCAGAAGCCCAAGUAGGGAAUUUAUUUAGAGCUUUGCCUUUUGGUAAGUGUAUAUGUAGUUCAAUGAUCCUUUAUAUAUCUGAUAUAUUUCAAAUCAUACGUGUGUUAUAUUAGGGGUGUUUGUUUGGAUAGGUAAUUAUUCUGAUUGCACGUAAUGUUAAGUUUCUUGGGAACAAGGGAAUUGCAGUUUUGGCAGUAAUAAUUUGAUAAACCCUUCAUAGUAGCUGACUGUUCUUCUUUUGUAUUAGACUGAUUGCAUUCUUUAAGAAACUUGGAACCCGAUUGAACUUUCUUUUGUACGUUGUUAUAGACCUAGAUUUUGGGUAGGUUCUUAUAUUCCCACUAGUCAAAUUGAAAUUGGCAGUGGUUCAAAAGUUGAUUCUUACUCUUGAUUUGAAAACAUAUUUUUAUGUGAAUUGGAUGGGGAAGGGAUAAUGUGAAACAUUAUACAGAAACAUGUACCAUAAAACAUCUGUACCCUUCGCAUUCAACAUCGAUUCGUCUAUUGUUUUUAUGUGAUAAGAGAAUAAAUUGCUGCUGUAUACAACAUGACCGUAGUGUUUUCCCCCUGCUUAUCUAAUUGAUGAACAUUGAUUAUGCCUGAUAGUACUUAUGUAGUAAUAACUUUAACUUGCUUAGUAAAUCGAACAGUGUUUGCAAGAUGGCUGGUGUGAAACGAAGAUUAGAUACUGAUUCAGAUAUUCGUGCUCUUAAUAAAGAACUGGAUGCCGUUUCAUGCCCUAUCUGCAUGGACCAUCCGCAUAAUGCCGUUCUCCUGCUUUGCAGCUCACAUGAUAAGGGUUGCAGAUCUUAUAUAUGUGAUACAAGUUACAGGCAUUCAAAUUGUUUGGACCGUUUUAAAAAGAUGAGAGAAAAUACUAUGAACAGUCCAACUCUACCCAGUCCUUUCCCUAUAAACCGUUACGGUCCUCGUAUUUCUGAUCUGAACAUCCCUCUGAGAACAGACUCAAAUGAAGCUAAUGAAAGUGACAACCUGAUUGAAAGCAAUUCUGUAUUAUCUGUUAAUUUACCUGGACCUCCACAGCAACAUGUUAUUCAAGAUUUAAAUAGGCCUUUUGAAGCACAACCAGAAGGUGUUAUGGAAGUGGUUGAUUCUGAGUCAUUUCAGGAAAGGGAUGAACAUGAUGAUUUGGAUGGGGAAAAUUCACCGGAGUCACAAUUGAGCUUGAAAUGCCCUAUGUGCCGAGGAGCCAUUCUUGGAUGGGAGGUUGUGGAAGAUACCAGAAAAUAUCUUAACCUGAAGAAGCGAAGUUGCUCUCGGGAAUCAUGCUCAUUUUCUGGUAACUACCAGGAGUUGCGCCGGCAUGCCAGGAGAGUUCACCCAACCACCAGACCCUCUGAUAUUGACCCAUCUAGAGAACGAGCCUGGCGACACCUUGAGCACCAGAGAGAAUUUGGUGAUGUUGUGAGUGCUAUUCAUUCAGCCAUGCCUGGUGCUGUUGUUGUUGGGGACUAUGUUAUUGAAAAUGGAGAUAGGCUACCAGGUGGAGGGGAAAGUGGUGCAGGUGAAGCUAAUGGGCCUUGGUGGACUACCCUGUUUUUGUUUCAGAUGAUUGGCUCAGCUGACCGUGCUGGAGAACCAAGGGCUCGAUCAAGGGUUUGGACAAGACAUAGGCGGUCAGCAGGUGCUUUAAAUGAACGCCGGUUUCUUUGGGGUGAGAAUUUGUUGGGACUUCAAGAUGAUGAUGAUGAUGAUGAUGACAAUGAUGAGGACGAUGAUGAUGACAACAUGCCCAUGACUAAUCACAGAGAUUUGUCUCCAAUCCCCAGAAGGCGUCGACGUUUGACACGCUCAAGGUCCGAUGAGGAUCGACCAUGAGAAGUGCCCUUUUUAUCUGGUAAAAUUUACAGUUCCUUGACCGAAAAUUGAUGUAUACUGGAUUUGUAUAUCAGAUUGCCUUUAGUUGACCCCAUUGGUGUCUUUGGCAAUUGUUGUUCCAGUAACUGCAGAAAAUCCGUCAGAUGAGACCGCCUGCUCCAAGAACUGCGGUUUAAGAAUCGCAUCAGCUUGUUGGAACUUAGAAGAGUCUUGAAAAAGAUCAAGCUGAUCGUUCUGGGACAAUGGCGGUGCUAAUUUGAAGGGGAUUCUCUCAAGCCCGUGUUCUCUGUACCGGUGGGAGGAAUGAGCCUCUGGUUCACGUCUAGCAGCCCGAAUCCUUUUUUUCAAACAGGAAGUGGCAGCCAACAGAAGUUGAGCCAUAACUCAUUCACCUUCUGGUCAACACGAGGCCAAAGCUAUCCUGUACAUGCGUGAUAUGGUUAUGAAGUUGAUAUCAGUUCUACUCUAUGCGUGUUUAUAAAUAACAUUAGACAUUGUUUGUAUUGAAAUGUAAAUAGCAUAUGCAUCAACGAAAUUCCAGUUUGUAUAAAGGAUGGAAACUUUCAAUUCAUUUGUUUCGACGUUGUAUUCA